UCUACAAAAUGGUAUCGGUCAGACAGGUAGGAUCUAAACCAACUUAAAGCCUGUCCAUGAAUACCUGUGUAAAAAUGUCUGUUAUUUCUGUCAUUUUUCUAUCAACAGCUGCAGCAGUUCAGAUCAUUUCACCACCAGAUCCACAGAACAGAGAAGAUUUUCUGAAAUAUUUCUGUUCUCUGACUCUGGAUCCUAACACGACACAUCGUAACCUCAUUCUGACUGAGAAAAACAGAGUGGUGAGAUACAGUUUGAUGAAGCGUCCAUACUCUGAUCAUCCAGAGAGAUUUGACUCCUUGUGGCAGGUGUUGUGUAAGGAGAGUGUGUGUGGACGCUGUUACUGGGAGGUGGAGUGGAGCAGUGUUGGUGUGUCCAUAUCAGUCUCAUAUAAAGACAUCAGGAGGAAAGGAAGUGAUAAUGAGUGUGCAUUUGGACGCAACAAACAGUCCUGGAGUCUGGAAUGUUCUUCUACAUGUGCCUCUUUCUAUCACAACAACAUUAAGACUGAUCUCAAAGUUCCUUCAUCCAUCAGAAUAGGAGUGUAUGUGGAUCACAGUGCAGGAACUCUGUCCUUUUACAAUGUCUCUGAUGCCAUGAAGAUCCUCCACAGAGUCCGCACCACAUUCACUCAGCCUCUAUACGCUGGGUUUGAGAUCGAAUGGUGUUCUGGUUUUUCAUCUGUGAGAUUGUGUGAUCUAAAAUAAUGUGUGUAGUGUUUUGUGUAACAUUCCUCCACAUUACCACAUUGUAACUUUGUACCACUUUGACAUUUUCAUUGUAAACUAAAACAGAUUCAUCCUGUAUGAUGAACCAUAACAGAACCAUAUAAAUCCAAGUUUGUGUUAAAUAUUAUGACCAAAGUUUUGAAAAUAAAAUAUCAGACCACAG